GUAGAGAUUAUGAGCCACAGUGGACAGAGACGACACUGUGAUUGGCGGUCCUCUUGUCAGUGUAAUAAAUUAACCUCGAAUCUCCUCGGGGCUGCCCCUUCGUGUUGAAAUAGGGCUAGUUAUACUGUCCUAAUUAUUAUGGGAUUAUCCGGCGAGCACUCAUCCCCGUUCCUCUUCUGCAGUACCAAGUGGUGACCAUGAGGCCACCGGACCUUUCCCGGGUCCUUGUCCUCCUCAUCUCCAGCCUCUGUCUCCUAACGCACGUGUCUUCAUGGUCACUGAACAAAAUUCUAAUGACUGGCCCAAAGGCUAAUCAUUUGGUGGAUAACUUCACCAGAAACAAUAAUCUGUGGACUAAAUACCAGGUGCAUACAAUGUUUAUGAAAAGCAUGGACCGGGGAUCUAUGAGGGCAGCGAAAGAGUGCCGACACCAGUUUAAGUGGGACAGAUGGAACUGUCCCAUUGUUGAUAUGAAUCGACAGAUACACAACAUCAGAGCCAAUCGGGAGACAUCAUUUGUUCACGCCAUCUAUUCUGCCAGCAUUAUGCAUGAUUUGACGUCACAAUGUAACCUAGGCGGGAAUCCCGUGUGUGCGUGUGACGACUCACGAAAUGGCGUCAAAGGAGGAUACAACUGGAGCUGGGGUGGAUGUAGUGACAAUAUCAAAUUUGGUGACUCCGUCUCCAAACAUUUCCUCAUGUCAAUGCAAAAGGCGAAAGAUUCGUAUGCAGCAACUGUAACUCAGAACAGUGGUGCCGGUCGAAUGAGUGUUCGAAAAACAACGCACUUGAUUUGUAAAUGUCAUGGUGUGUCCGGAAGUUGUAGUGUGCGGACCUGCUGGAGACAACUCGGCAAUUUUCGCUCAGUUGGAAACUAUCUGAAGCGGAGGUACAAAAAGGCAGUACAUGCAAACUUCUUCGAUGGAAAACUGCGACAAGGCAAUGACGUAAACGGUGUCAAGUUGAACAUGAUUUCUAACAAACAACUUGUAUUUUUGGAAAAAUCUCCGAACUACUGCAAAGCAAAUGACAGCCUCUCUUUGAACGGAACGUUAGGGAGGCAAUGCUCCAGGAAUAAAGUGGGUGUGAAACAAAGUGCUGCUGAACGCAAGAGUUGUCGGACCUUGUGUAAAGCAUGUGGUUUACUCGUGAAACAUGAAGUGGUUACUAUCAGGACCACAUGUAACUGUCGCUUCCACUGGUGUUGUCACGUGGCCUGUUUCGAUUGCGAACAGAAGCAAGACGUCUACUCUUGUAGCAAGUAACAUAUGAAAAUAUGUAUUUUGAAAACUGCUCACAUUACGACGGACGGGAUAUACUGUCAGAAUUCCGUAGGAUAUGUUUUAUGUACUUAUACGUUAAUUUGUCCUUUUGUUAUCAUGCUCUGUGAAUCCAUUCACUAAAUUAUAGUCAAUACUUUAAAUACUACCGAAGAGCAGUAUUGAUUAUAAUUUAAAUAUUUCUGUUAAUGCAUGUGUACUAAUCAGAAACUCGGAGUGCCAUUAUUUGUAAAUAUAUAUGAAAAUGUUGAUGUAAAUAAAUGUGGAUGUUUGCUGUACCGCAUAUCAUUUUUUCACGUCCAGCAUAUUUCUUCUUAAUACAAGUUUGUAGUCUUUAUGUUCGAUGUUAUUCUAUUACCUUGUAUCUGGUCCAAUCAUAAGAAUAUUUUCAUAUUUCAUAAUCUCACCAAAAAAUUAAAAUAUCAAUAAAAUGCGCGAAAAAGUGAUAUCCGGUAUGCAGCAUCGAUAUUCAGAAUUAUGCAAUAUUUCCUUGACCUGUUACAUAAUAGUGCAUUAAUUGUCAUUAUUUAUUAGAUUAUGUUGUUCAUUACUUUCAAAGCUCAUUAUUUACUCAAUCAAAGUUUCAUUAGUUUUCCAAUUACUUAUGUAUUAUUCCCCUUGUAUCUUACCAUGAAAAAUAAUGUCGAUUUAUUAUGUUUCCCGUACGCUUAAUUUCGUGAAACGAUCUUUAUUUAGUUAUUCGUGAGUUAUAAAUUCGCGUUAAACAAGUUUGAAUUAAAUGAUUCGCGUGAUAUCUUAAAUAUUAGCGUUUCCACCACGUUGUUUGUUUAACGAUAUAUUUAAAUAAUUAUUCGCGUGACAUUUUAAUUCAUUAUCAUUGUUAAACGCACAUUUUACGAGUGGACAUUAUAUGAGGCAAGACAUAAGUAAUUUACAGUAUUAACGUUUUAUACUUUAUGGAUUAAAUAAUUAAUAUCAUAUCAAAGCUGUAAUGUUAUCAUGUAAAUAAUCACGAUAUUACAAAUAUGUUUUUUUUUAAUGUGGUAAAUCACUGUAAAUCGACCCUGCGUGGUUGACUACACAUAGGAUCAAUAGUUCUGGCGACAACGAAGCAAAUCGCACAGCCAUACUUUACCGACUUACCUUAUGGUAAGGAACAUCGUGCAUUACAUGUAUUAUUUGUUAUGUUAAUUUGUCAAUUUUAUAGUUAAUGUACUGAAAAUGGACAUAAGUAUUUAACAUGCUGUGGUAUUUUACAUGUUCCGCGUAAUUUUGGUCAAAUUAUUGAACCUCAAAGUAAAUGUAUUACUGACAGCGUUCACGAAUAUUACCCCCAACGCAGAAUGUGCAGUGAGUAUAAUCGUGAAUAAUUCCGCGAUUGGAAUGUCAUUAGUUCUUUAUGUCAAAUCAAAAUGAUUGCAUAUUUCAUUGUAUUGUUUAAUCUUCUUAUUCCGAAUUAUACUCAUACGUACGUUAGCUUCUUUUAAUAUUCAUAUAUCAGCAAACCUAAUAUUGCCCAGACCUGACUUUGUCAACAAAGAGGUGCUUACGCAUUUGCACCAAUAGAUACUUGUUGUUUUUUUUAAUCAUUUUUGUCUCUAUUCUGUCGAAGUGAUGAGGAAUUAAUGAAUAAGAAGUUGAACAUUUAAUUCCAUAAAGUUUAAUUUUUGAUUUUAUUAAGUGGAGACAAUGGUCUUUAUCCAAAAUAACUAAAUCUACUAUACCGUGCUUUUUUGAGUGAUGGUCUGUUGACUAAAGGCAUAUCUUCCCUUGAUAUUUCGACCAGAAAAAAUAUUUGAGACAACUACAACUACAACUUUUUUUUUAUUAAUAACUUAUUACAGUAUUUAAAAAUAAAAGUUUUUAGCAUUGUCUAUAGAAAUACAAUAAGUUGUACUUUUUCAUAGAAUGGCACUUUCAAUACCCCUGUUUCCUAUUUCAGGGGUCAAUAAUACAAUUGCGUUGACCUAACUAAGGAUUCAAAUACACAUUUAUCUUAGAUAAUGAUUAAAACCUCCAUAUGCAAAUUAUAUGAACGAAGGGGGAAACCAAAUGGUCAGUUUAAAUAUCAAAUGUCAAAUAAAUAUGCUGUACUUGACUUUGAAAUAUUGUUGUAUAACACAUUUGUCAAAAUUCAGAUGACUUGGUUUUGAUAUUGAGAUCUUUUCAGUUACUUUGAAAUUCAUUUAUUUUAAAAAUCAUUGAUUAUUUGUUGAUCUGUAAAAGAAAGAUUGCUAAAAAUUAUAAACGAGCAUCCAUAUUGAGGAUUUGAUAAUCUAUUUUCGUCAGAUAAGAGGAAAUACAGCUUUACUAGUUAUGUUUUAUAUCAUGGUUCAUUAAACAUGUUAAUAUUGAAUACUUUUAUGGCUUCAUCACAGAAAUAUUUAACUCACUAAUGUGACUGCAACACUUAACGUUUGUUCAACUCCUCAACUUACAUAAUAUAACUAGAAGCUCGUGGAAUAGGAAAUUACCAUUAACAUACUAUAAUAUGUAUCCAAUAGUGUCAUUUAUUGUGUUAGAGUUAUAAUAAAAAAAAGUGGAAUAUUUGUCAAAGAGUAUAGGAUGUGAAAUUGCGUGAAUGUCUGUGAUAAUAACAUGUUGUUGAGAAUAAAGCAAUACAUACGCUAAUACACUC